AGGACUUUCGGUUUCGACGCCGUUAUGAAACAGGCGGCAGACACUCCUCCUCCUGCUCACAGUGUAUGAGACAUAGCGGAAGGGCUGCUGGGUGUGUAGGAGACACACACUGUGUUACACAAGAGGUGCAGAGCAGAGAUACACACAGUGAGACACACACACUCACACGCACUGAACACGUCGCACCGCUGUAGUCCAACAUGAGGAUCGCUGUCCUGGGAGCCACAGGCCAGACGGGCCAGUACCUCGUGAACCAGGCCCUCCAACAGGGACAUGUGGUCACGGCCGUCGUCAGGAACCCCGGCAAACUGACCACAGCCCACGACAACCUCAAGGUGGUGGAGGGAGACAUAUUCUCCGAGGAGAGCCUGAGAGGCCACUUCAGAGAGCAGGAUGCCGUCGUGUCCUGCCUGGGCUUCUCGCCGUCCUGGUGGUACGGGGUCACCGGGUACACGGCCUCCAUGAGGGCCAUUGUGGGCGCCCUGCGCGACGCCAGGGUCACGCGCCUCGUUGCCAUGACGUCCUGGUACACUGACCCCGCUUCUGGCACAAAGUCGUCCUUCCUCAUCCGCUUCCUGCUGCUGCCAAUGAUCAGAAGUGUCCUCAGCAACAUGUACGAGAUGGAGACCUUCCUGAGCCAGACCGAGGACAUCAACUGGACCGUGGUGAGACCCCCUGGGCUGCGGAACGAGCCGACCACAGCGAAGGAGUUCCUGACCCACGAGGGCUACUUUGUGCCGGACGCCAACGGGAAUCCGGUGGGCAACUCGGUGGCGCGUGGCGACGUGGCCCGCUUCAUGCUCUCCCUCCUCAGCAGCAACGCCUGGUUCAGGAAGGCUGUGGCCGUCACCACCAAGUAAUCAGUCCCGGCUACCGGCACACGAUGGCCCCGCGGGAGCCCGCAGACUUUACAUCACCCUGGACUGUCCCCUCCUGGAAGAUGAGCGAGAUCAGAGCCGAUCCUCACCGACGCCUAGGAGACGAGCUUGUGGUGGAGCACCGCCGACGCGUCGCUGGCUCGGUGACUCGCGCCACAACUGCACACCUGCCCAUGAAACGGUUGCUCACCUACAGCUUUCAUUUCCCCCUCCAGCCAUGCUGUGGUGUCCAGGUGAUGCCUCGCGUCCCACGUGGGCUUUCUAACGACUGUUUUCAGUGUGAGUGUCGAGCUCAGACCGCACAGGGGUCACGUGACUGCUCAUAUUCCUGUGUAAAAGGUGAAAUGACCACAUUGUUUGUGAAGUACACUGUUAUAUUUUCAGGUGGCAGAAUGAAAAAAAAUCACAAGAACUUUAUUAAUCCUGAAGGAAAUUACAGUAAAAAGGUACAUUGCUUGGACGGCUUUUACUGCACGCUGCAUACUCGUCGGAGCUGAAUAAAGUGUCCGAAACGA